CGGAUUGGCGUUAUAGGCAAACAAAAGCUAAUACGCCCUUCGCCAAAUGCAAGACGUCAUUUUUUGACACAUCGCGUUAUCAGCUGUUUUUGUGAUUUGGUUUAAAGUGGUUUUUUAUUUGAGCAGCGAAAAAUUGCACAAAAAAGAAUCAAAAUACAAAGUGCGUAUAAAAAUAAACAAAAGCUAUAAAUUCGAUAUACAGCAGGAGCAGCAAGCGCAGCAAUUAAUCAACGACUGGAUGCACAUGAAGCGGUGAAGCGUUUUAACGGAAAACGCCAGUAACAGCAACACGAAAACAUGAGCUACGAGGAUGACGAAUAUCACGUGGACACGUUCCCAAAGGACUUUGGCUAUGGUUCUUUCGAUCAAGAUGGCUUAGAAGCGCCCGGUAUGGGCGGAGGUGAAUCCAAGCCACGCAUUCUGCUUAUGGGUUUACGUCGGUCGGGCAAAAGUUCCAUACAAAAAGUGGUAUUCCACAAAAUGUCACCCAAUGAGACGCUCUUCUUAGAAUCAACGAGCAAAAUCGUCAAGGAUGACAUCAACAAUUCCAGCUUUGUGCAGUUUCAGAUUUGGGACUUCCCAGGACAAAUAGACUUCAUAGAUCCCACAUUUGACUCAGAUAUGAUAUUUGGUGGUUGUGGUGCUUUGGUGUUUGUAAUCGAUGCCAAGGAUGACUACAAUGAGGCGCUGACAAAGUUUAAAAACACCGUUAUAAAAGCUUACAAAGUAAAUCCGCGCAUCAAAUUUGAGGUCUUUAUACAUAAGGUGGACGGUAUUAGCGAUGACUCAAAAAUGGAAUCACAGCGGGACAUACAUCAGCGCGCAUCCGAUGAUCUAAGCGAUGCCGGCCUAAAUCAGAUACAUUUGAGUUUUCAUUUAACUUCCAUCUACGACCAUUCGAUAUUCGAAGCGUUCUCUAAAGUAGUGCAAAAAUUAAUACCCCAAUUGCCGACGUUGGAGAAUCUACUCAAUAUUUUUAUAUCGCACUCGGGUAUCGAGAAAGCGUUCCUGUUUGAUGUGGUUUCGAAGAUCUACAUUGCCACCGAUUGCUCGCCAGUAGAUAUGCAGAGCUAUGAGCUUUGCUGUGACAUGAUCGAUGUGGUGAUUGAUCUCUCGAGCAUUUAUAGCUCCGAAGAAACCGCCUUCGAUCAUGAAAGCUCUAGUCUCAUCAAACUAAACAACAAUACGAUUUUAUAUUUGCGAGAAGUUAAUAAAUUUCUUGCUUUGGUCUGCAUAUUACGCGAAGAGAAUUUCAAUCGACAAGGUGUGAUCGACUAUAAUUUUCUGUGCUUCCGCAAAGCUAUCAGUGAAGUUUUUGAGUUGCGUUUGAAAAGCCAAAAACUCGAAACUUUAGAUGAACAAAUUGAGACCGAAGAUGUGGUGGACGAGGAUGAAGAUGAACUCGAUGCGCACGUCAACGAGAAUCACUUAAACUAAUGUGUUAAAAAAGAAACUCGUCUAUUAACAUAAAACGUAUGCGCGUGAUUCGUCUUUACCAACGCGCUAGUUCCAUAAAAUCUUUAAGACCAUUUACAACAACAAUACCAACAAGAGAUUCAGUGUACAGGAUGUCUACAUUUAUGUUAGGAAAUUGUAUUUCAAGUAUUUCUAAAUAUGCGUAAAUUUUUAUGUUGCCAACGUUAAAGCGCACCUAUAACCAAGACAAUUUUAUAUACAUAUUGAACCCUACAUAAUUGAAAACAGCUUUAAAAUAUACUUUUUGAAAUUUUCUCGCACUUCGAUUUAUUUGUACGUUACUGUGCCUUUAUUGUAACUAUUAUUAUUUCAAUGCUUAUCCUUACGUAUUUAAUUACAAAACAAAUAAAAUAAUAAAAACCGCUUUUCUCAAGAUAAGCAUAAGAACUCGUGCAACAAGAAAAAAUUGAAAAAUACAGACGUUUUACCAGAAGAGAGUUGA